AUGUCUACGACCCGAUCAUCGACCAUUACGUCACUAAGGUCAAAUCGGGUCACAUCGCUGACGAAGGUUGCAGUUAGCAGCCGAAAAUUUCGAGGAAACGUGUACUAUGCUCGCCCAUACCUGACUGGUACCAGCUGUACACAGUGCCCGGCAGACAUGAGCAGGUGUUAUGAUAAUAAAUGCAGUUCGUGCUCUACAAGCACUACAGGCUGUGAGUGCAAGGCGUCGUGUAAGAACGGCGGAACAGUGAAAGAUGAUUGUACGUGUGAUUGUCCAGACGGGUAUUAUGGUAGCGACUGUUCCUCCGUUUGUGCGAAUACUAAUAAGUACUGUGGCGCCAAUCCUGGCUGGCCAAAGUCUUGGUGCCGUGACAAAUAUCCAUUUGUACUCCAAAAUUGUCCCCUUAUGUGUGGAAAGUGCAAAGCACCAAAAUCCAAAUGAGAUCUGUGAGAACAAUCUUGACUAGGACGCUCUGCUUCGAAAAGUCAGCUAGAAAGGUGGACAGUCUUCCACAUCAACUUGAUGUCCAAUAAAGCCAGACUUAGACGUCAGAGAGUUCGUGAACUUCAUAAUGGAUGAUAUUGCCUUUUUUUUCUUUUCUUUUGCAUUUAACCUGCAUCUGAGCAUUUUUUCGUGUUAGCUUUAUUUAUCAUAAUGACUAAAUUAUCUUUGAGUGCAAUUGGAAGUAAACUUCUCAUUUCAAAAUAUUUCUUUAAUAUCAAUUAUCGCAAGACUAUGAUCAUGAAAUUAUUUGGUGUAAAGGUACUUCGCAUUCGUUGUAUGAGGUGAUUUUGCCUACUGGUAUAUUGAUGUAUUCCAUUGUUUAUGUAGAAUACGAGCAAUAAAUUGUGAUUCGUGGUUGGAACAAGUUCGUCCAAUAUUUAAUUGGGAAUACCAUAUGGUACCCGAACAUAAUUUAGAUGUUAGAUUGCAGAAUGUUGUUUACAUCCAUAUCACGGCUCCAACAUUACGCUAUAGCACUGUACUAUUACAUUAUAAAAAUAAUUUUCCUGGUAAUUCAGAGAAUGUACUCUAUAGUCCGAAUCGGUAGUGUAUUGGAAUUACUUUGACAAGUUUCCUUUUGUUUUCAACAACGCUAGAAUUCACACAGAAUCUGCUACACGUUUAUAAAAUUUUUUGUUUAUUUUCUUGAUUAUGAAAACUACUAUCGCAUCUUUCAAAACUAUCAUUAAAUCGCCUUAUAUAUAUAUAUAUAUAUAUAUAUAUAUAUAUAUAUAUAUAUGUAUAUAUGUAUCACUCUUAAUAAUACUAAUAGUGUGGAAAACAUAUAGAGUCUACAAUUGGAAUAAGGGUAAAUAAUGACUCGGGUGAGGUUCAUCGACAAUCGUCUAUUAAUUUGUUUUUGCUUUUGUGAUUUUUUUUUUGUUAGAUUGAGAUAUCUAGUUAAAUACCUUGGCAGUAUAUACCGCGUUAAGACCGUCACGGUAUCCACGAACACACCCAAAAAAAAAAAAAAAAAAAAAACAAGUUAAAUUGUAUUAAUUCUGCAUAGUUGUCUUAUUUAAAAAAACACGUAAUGGGUUAUCGAAGAGAGGAAGAGUCAAAAUACAUCAGAUAACAAGAAGACAGUAUAUAAGAUUCACAUAGAAUUAAGAAGCUAUUUAGAUGAAGUCUUGUUUAGGAAUUCGACAUGAUUUGUGGAUUCAAAUCACGAGUACUGAACGAAUUUCUGUUUCUUAGGAUAAGCUAUUUUACAAUGCCAAAUUGUUUUUUUUUACUGGAAUGCCCGUAUAGUACAUCAACUUAUCAAUACCAGCAGUGAUUCAUAGUAGAAUCAAGUGGAGAAUGGGUGAUUUUUUUAAAUCGUUGCUUAAAAAUGAAUAUUAACCUCGCAAAUCUCUCCAAUGAGAAUCCCCGUCAGUCGAUAAACCUAUUCAUUCAUGGGUUGCAAUUGAAUCUAGUCCUGUAAUCUACCUUUUUUUAAUACCAUCUUGCAUUUGAUUUUUACUGUUCCUGCAAGAGCCCCUGAUAUAUAGGCCGACACCGUUAUUGCCAGAUUAUAUUGAGUGGCAAGUGGCCAUAGAUAUAUAUUACUGAUUUGCGUUAUUAGUAUAUUCUAUGUACUAACUUACUAAUGACUGGAAUUAUGUAGCGCCAAAAUCUCAGUCAAAAUAUUUCCACAUUUUCUUUACAAAGAAUUUUUCUAUUUCAAAUUUUAAGACAUGCCUCGAACGAAAAUUUGUAUUAACUCUGAAAAUAUCCAUUAAUAUUUUAUGAAUAAAUUUUAGUUCAUGCAAAAAUUAUCAAUAAGGUGUUCCACAUUUUAAUCGAUUUCAGGUCAGGAGUAACUUUACUGACAGUUUUCUUGUAAAACUAAUAGUCGUUUAGGUGAAUCUUUAUUUUAGACAAUAAUAUGUGUGAAAUGUUUCACAAUCAUUCGAUUUAUAUUCAGAUUUCAUUGGUUCAUUGUAUGGAUAUCCAGUUCAAAGGGUGGAGGUUAACAUUCUUUGAAUACUAAUAUUGAUUUCUGUUUAAAUAAAUUAUCAAGGUAUAAUGGGA